UGAAGGAGACACGAAAAGUCGAUCCUCUCCCGAGCGUUAAUGUUGCGCACCACCGUAAUUUCGGUGAUUUUUUCGGCUCGCGUGAAGCAGGAGUGGUGUGGCUUCACCACGGCGUUCACAUAAGACACACUGGCCUCCUGGCAGAACCCACAAUACGGUGGAGUUACUCCGCCUCCACGCAAGAAACGAAAACAAUCCAUAGACAAUAUGCAGCAACAGAACUUGCAACAGCAGCAGUUGCAGCAACAGCAGCAGCAGCAGCAGCAGCAGGAGGCGACCAAUGGCACAGCAAUAAACGAAGUGCAACAGAAUGGUAUGGAACAAACCAACGGGUGCGAGGAAAAUAACAGUGCUCACACGCAAAACGGGGUGAUGAGGGAGGAAGAGUCAGCUGCUUCACACAACAAAUUGAACACAGUGCAGCAGGAGAUGGUGCGACUUAUCGGGCAACAUCUCAUAGAACUCGGACUAAAAAAGAGUGCCGACUUGCUCAUGUCAGAAUCUGGGUGCCGUCUUGAUCACCCGGCAGCAGCAAGAUUUCGACAAUGUGUGAUGGAUGGUGAAUGGUCGAAAGCAGAAACGGCCCUAAAUGAGCUGCGAAACAUGCUUGAUGACCCUGCUAGUCUUAAGGAAAUGCGAUUUUUGCUACUAGAACAAAAAUACUUGGAGUUGCUGGAGAGUGGUAGGGCUAUGGAAGCUCUUACUUGUCUUAGAUCGCAACUUACUCCUCUUCAACACAAUAUGGACCGUGUGCAUCAACUAUCAAGCUUGAUGUUCAUGUCCAACCCUGAAGAGCUUCGAGUUGCAGCCCAGUGGUCAGGUAUGGGAAAGGAAUCUCGGAAAGGGCUUAUGGACCGCCUUCAGCAUUUCCUGCCACCAUCCAUAAUGCUUCCUCCUCACAGACUUGAAACGCUGAUUUUACAAGCUGUUGAACAGCAGCGUACACAGUGUGCCUACCAUAAUACUCGUAGUGACAGUCAGGUUCUAGGAUCAGGUGGAUCCUUAUUAAUGGACCAUAGUUGCUCACGUCACUCCUUCCCCGGAACAACCGUCCAGAUUCUUUCGGAUCAUUGCGAUGAGGUCUGGAUUGCUCGCUUCAGCCCUGAUGGAAACAAGUUAGCAACCGGCUCAAAGGACUCAACAGUUAUUAUUUGGGAUGUUGAUCCUGAAACCUUAACAGUCACCAGAAGGUUCACCUUGGAUGGUCACUCAUAUGGUGUUGUAUACCUAGCCUGGAGUCCUGACAGUUCGAAGUUAAUUGUAUGUUUGCAAGAGGAAGCAGCAGAACUUGUGGUAUGGGACACAGAACGAGGGGAGCAAAUCUGCAAGGUAUCCAAUUCUCCAGACGAUUCCUUAACGUGUGCAGCUUGGCAUAAGGAUUCCAGAAAGUUUGUGUGUGGUGGAAUGAGAGGUCAGUUUUACCAGUGUGACUUAGAGGGACACAUCUUGGACUCAUGGGAAGGUGUUCGUGUUCAGUGCCUAGCUAUCCAGAAUGAUGGUAAAACAGUUUUAGCCUCAGAUACACACCACCGUAUCAGAGGCUACCACUUUGAUGAAGUCCAAGACCACAAUAUAAUUCAGGAGGACCACAGCAUUAUGUCAUUUACUUUAGACAACACUGGGAACUAUGCACUUCUCAAUGUAGCCAACCAGGGUGUCCAUCUUUGGGACCUCCGUAAUAAAACCUUGGUACGUAAAUUCCGAGGUCUGACUCAGGGCCAUUACACCAUACAUUCUUGUUUUGGUGGUGAUAAUCAAGACUUCAUUGCCUCGGGAAGUGAAGAUAAUAAAGUGUACAUAUGGCAUCAUCGAAGAGAACUACCUGUGGUAAGCCUUGUUGGUCACACACGCACAGUGAACUGCGUGACGUGGAACCCACGAUAUCCUGCAAUGAUAGCCUCUGUCUCUGACGAUGCCACAGUUCGGAUAUGGGGUCCUGCACCACAACACAGAGGGUCUUCGUCCUCAACACAAAAUGGUGUGAAAGCCACAUCCACUGGUGAUAUGCAAGUUCCAUCUUUGUGAUGUAUUCUGCAGGUAGUGAGAGCGAGUCUCCGACAUCACACAUGUUCCUGAGCAAUGGUGCAGCUGUUUAGUGGAGGAGGGAACUACCUGUGCCAUGGACUUCAUACUGUAUCUCGUCGCUUAUGGUGUGUUCAUGGUUGCUGGCAGCACUGUCACACCAACUGUUGUUGCAAUCACAAAUCUGAAUGGAGGCACAAAUGUCACACUUGUGGUGUCAUCAGAAUACAUGCUGAUCUUGUGGGUAAUGUCAUCUUCCCAUACCAUUGUGCAGUAGAUAGGUAUGUAUUCCAGUCUACCUUGGUUCAGAGUUUUGUGGAAAACCUUACAGAAUGCGAAAGCAUCUGUAAAUCAAACAACUUGGUGGAUACUACUAUUCUGUGAAUCAUUCCUCUUAUUGAAGGCUUUUGUCAAAAGUGGUGAGCUUUGUGUGUCAGUGCUCAAAAUUAUCUUUUGAAGUAGUUCAGUUAUCUAAAAGUUAUCAAAAUACGGCACAUCAAAACUUAAGUGAACUAACUCAUGAUAUGACCAGUGGUACUGUAAUGAUAUUCGGCAUGUGUGUAUUUUGCAGUUCAAUUGGUAGACAGGGGAUUUUAUUCAUUUAAUCAUCAUCUGGAGCUUCCUGUUAACGUAUCACAGCUGUGGGUAUUUCAGUGCAAUAAACUUGUAAAUAUAAUUAUGUGGUAUUCUUUUAAAAGUUUUCCAUAUUUGUUUUUCUGAUAUUGCAGUGUAAAGGAGCUGUGAAGUGGAAGCAAAAAUUAAAUGAGUAGUUUAAUAUGGUUAACAUUGCAUUGCAAAAUAAUUCCACCACCUUCUUUUGACAUGGUCAGUCAGUCAGUCAGUCAUUCUUUUGAGAGAUUGCCAUAAGAAUAUGACUUACAGAAAGAUUGCAGUGGCUGCCGAGGACUGCCCCUCAGCUCUGGUUAAAUGCUUGGCAAUUCAUUAUUCAUUAAAUCACCUUUAAUUCAUCAUCAUUGUAUGUGUACCAGCUCGAAAAAGCAUCUUUUGUACAUAAGACAUCUAUCUGGAUUAAUUUUUUGUCUUGUUUUAAUUGUGCAGGGUGAAGUUGUUUUCGUGUGAUAAAAAUAAAAUUAGUGUGGUCAAUUUAGCGGAAUGACUUGGCCCUGCAUUGUAUCAUAGAGGUUUCUGUCCAAACCUGUGUGUUUGAAUGUAGAGUGUGCAUUUUAUAGGAAAAGAAUUUUAUGUUUAAGCUAGAUAAUCUUAUGUACCAUUAUAAGGAUCAUAGCGAGAGAGAGACUGUCAUCAUUUUAUAACCUUGAAGCUAUAUUGUUUCCUGGCUGCCUCCCAUAGCCCAGGAACUUGAUUAUGAAUUAGAAGUUCCAGAUAUAGGCAGAUGACAAAGUACAAAUACUAUUGACAUGAAUACAUAUUUAUGAUAAUGACUAGCUCAUUUCUUUUUAAAUAGGUAAGGAGUGAUUAUUAAUGUGUUAUUUUCAAACUUGUUAUCUUUACAUUUUGUCGAUACUUCGAGAACAUUCAUCAUGAUUUUGUUACGGAAGCAUAAGUCUUGUUGUGAGAACUAAGUUUGGUUAACAUGAGUGCUAGUGACUUUGUAAAGUUUUAAAUUACACAGGAAAUGAUUAUGAGCAUGAAUGUUAUGAACAAAAGUUGUUCUUGUAAAGGUACUGCACAAAGUGCAGAACAUCAUGUUUUUAUUUUGUAUGCUGUAUAUUUCUUUGAAGUUUCCUAAUAAAUUUGAUCAUAGGAA